AUAAAUAAGUAGAACUCUGCCACGUGUCAAUCUAUAAGACCUCCAAAAUAGAGUUUUCCCGCUUAUUUUAUUCAUCUAUAUUUACAUAAAUGCCAUACAAUCCACAAUCAAUAAUUCCGGAAAAAUCUGCAAACAAAUAUGUUAAUCAAUCUGCAAUAUUUAUCUUUUUCAAACGUAAUCUUCAUUAUUUUGAAAGUUUGUUUAUUUUGAUUGCAAAUUAAAUCCCUAAAAAUCUGCAAUAUUUAUCUUUUUCAAACGUAAUCUUCUUAAUUCUUAUUCUUAUUUAUUCAAACGUAAAUAGCAUUCAUACGGUUAUUUUCUUUUUACCAUUCUGCUCCAGACGAAUUCUGCUCCAUAGUAAUAUUUGCAAACGUAUUCUUCUUCAUUCUUCUUCAUUCUGCAACGCUUCAAAAAUUAUAAUAUCAGGUUAGUGUAUUAAAAUAUCAGCAUUACUAAUAUUUCUAACCUCUUAAUUGUCUGAUUUACCAGUUUCUAUCAUUUUUCAUUUUAUUAGUGAUGUUCUUCUUCUUCCUUUUGCUAAUUCUUCUUAAUCAUGUUCUUCUUCUACCUUUUCAGUUUAAAAGAGGAAAUUAGUAAUAAAAAUGAGAACUUUAUUUUCUUUAAAAAAACUGUUCUUCAAAGCUUUAACUAUUACAAUAUGUUUUUUUUGUUUUGCUGUUUCAUUUACUUUGAUUUGCUGUUAAUUUAAAAGAUUCGCAUUCUACUGUAAAAUUCACAUUCUUCAUUCAUCCUCUUUCUUCGCAUGUUCCAGUCAUUUUUUUUCUUUUUUUUAGUUCAUUCGCAUUUGAGUUGUUUGUCUCACCAAAUACGAAAUGAAUAUUAACCAUAAUCACCUUCGCAUCUUUAACCCCAAUCCAUACAACCUCAUAUGCGAAACCCAAUUUUGAUUUGUAUUACCAAAUGCGAACAUUUUUGCUUUUACACGUGAAUUGCAUUUGACUCCAAUAUGCGAACAUCUUUAACCCCAAUCCAUACAACCUCAAAGCUUUAACUAUUACAAUAUGUUUUUUUUGUUUUGCUGUUUCAUUUACUUUGAUUUGCUGUUAAUUUAAAAGGUUGCUAAUUUUCCUUACAAUUCUAUAAUGAUUAAAUUUAUUGCAGAAAAUGGAAAUAGGAAAUAAGGUUUACCUAAAUAACAUUGACCAGAUAGAUGAAAAAUCGCAUAUCAAGGUUCGGGUGCUUAAAAUUUGGAACUUUGUCAGAAAUAAUAAAGUUUGUUCCAUUGAAAUGAUCAUCAUGGAUGAGGAGGGUACACAAUACCAAGCUCGUGUCUUCAAUCAGAAUUUCUCCAGAUUUCGUCAUCUUUUAAAGGAAGAUGAAAGUUAUAUAGUUAUAAAACUCAAUAUGGCUGCUGUUACUAAUGGUUUUAGUUAUACAGAUGUUAUUGGAUAUAUCGUGUCAUUUAGGCCUCUUGAAACUUCAAAUCCAGUACCAUCCAAGCAUUAUAUAAAAGUCACUCUUAGCAACCUAGAGUUGAAAUGUCAUGACAAUUUCGGUAUAACUGAAAAAAGCAUAACUACACUUCAAAGCUACUCUUCUUCAUAUACAGAUGACUUUAAGGGCAAUUUUCCAUUAAAAACAAUCUGUGAGAUCACCGAACCAAUUAAGGAAAUGAAGUUUUUAUUAGUUGCUUCCAUUGUUAAUAUAAGGCAGAAUCUACCAUGGUAUUAUGAAGCAUGCAAAAAAUGUGGAAAAAAAGUUAUCCCUGUUCCCAAAACCAAUCAUUCGUAUACCAACCCUGAGGGAAUUUCCGAAACUAUGGUUGUCGAGUGUACAAAUGCACAAUGCAAAAAAUCUGAAUUUCAGUAUAUAAUUCCAAUUAACGUACAAGAUUGUACUAGAACCAUUGGAUUGACUCUUUUUGAUAGGGAAGCAAGGAGGUUGUUAAAUAUAAGUGCCUACGAGUUGAAAAAGAUACAUGAUGCGGCUGGAGACAAUGAUGCCCUAUUUCCAAUGCAACUUAAUGUGUUGAAAAACCGCAAGUUUGGUUUUGUUGUAGAUAUUACAAAAUACAAUGUCAACAACUAUAAUAACAUCUACACAGUUCUCAGAGUUACAGAAGAUAUGUCCAUUGUUUGUGAAUUGGAAAGUAAAAUAGAACUUAUGAGUAAUCAAUUUGUCGCCUUAAAUCAAGUUGCUUUGGAAUCCGAUGAUGUUGUACAGCCUGUUCAAAAGGAUGUGAUCUCACAAACAGACGAAAGUUUUACACCCUCAACAGUUGAUAAGUCAACUGCAACAAGUCCUUGCAAAAUAUCAGGUGAUUUGAAGCGCAACCUCCAAGAAAUUUAUGAUGUUGAUUCUGGAUAUGAUUUAAGUUCAACUAAGGCUAAAAGAAAGUCAACCGCAGAGGAAACUCCACUCUUGAUUCCAAAAAUUGAAAAGUGA